AUGGCUUCAAAAGUUUCAAAAAGUGGUGCAAAGAACAUGAAGCGUAGUUGGUCUUAUAUGGAAAAGGAAAUUAUUGAAGAAUUCUCCAAAGAUGGAUUAGAAAUACUUGAGCUUCUAGAGAUUAUGCAAGGAGAAAAAGAUCCUCAAAAAUGGCAUGAAAAUAUUUUUGGCAACAAAAGAUGCAAGAAAUCCCACAACUUUGAAGAAAGGUCAUCAAAAUCUGAAGAUGGUAAAGGGUUUGAAAAACAUGAUUCUUUGGCAAUUCUACACCAAAAAGAUCAAUUAUCAAUAGAAGUUUCACCAUCAAAGGUAUGUUUCUCCUCACAAGAGCAUCUCACUAGUUCUUCACAAGAGCAUAUCACUAGUUCUACACAAGAGCAUCUCACUAGUUCUUCACAAGAACAUCUUACUAGUGAUGAUCAUGAUCAUUCUUAUUUGACUUUUAUGGAAAAUUUUCAAGAGCAUAUCUUUCAACAUGGUAAACCUCUUGAGAAGCAACUCACACUCAGUGAUGUCAAUGUUAAUCUAAAUAGGCUUCUUCUCAACAAAAAACAUGUUGAAAAAGCUUUUUUACCAUUCUUAAGAAAUGGUGAAGAUAUUGAAAAGGGAAUUGAAGUUUGUGUUUAUGAUAUCCGCAAGAAUAGUUACACUCUAACAUUCAAGAAGUGGACAAAUAAAUAUUAUGUGUUGAAUGGUGGGUGGAAAGAUUUCUUUAAAGAUCAUAAACUCGAAAAGAAUGAUACAAUCAAAGUGUGGAUGUUUCGUCAUUCAAAUCAUAGCAAUUUAUGUUUAGCUUUGGAUUACAAGAAGAUUGAAAGCUGA